UGAAUAUAUUCAUAGAUGAUUGGAGUAGAUCCUUUACUCAUUGCAAAUAUUUUCAGUUUUUCAUGUCGAUGUGUUUUGGGUUUCCCAGGUCAUGAUGUAGUUGCCAGUUUCAUGCUUGAGAAGCCAGUUUCCUUUGUCCAGGAUAACAUUUGGCAACUUGCAGAUGAUAUUUUUGAUGAGAUAAGUGUUUCCAAUACCAAAGUGGACAUAAUAUCAUUGGAAAAUACAACUAGAUUGAACAUAACAGAGGUUGUCUUUGCAGUUGACUCUGAAGUGAAAAAUAGAAGGGUCUCUCUAACUGCUCUGAGUUUAGUCUGGUCGGUACUUGAAUCUGUGAUUACUGGCCAAUCAACUCUCCAGUUGACAGCACCUUUGUUUGGCGAUCCUUUUUCCUUUGAUGUGCUGAAAUUCAGAGGGGGGAUUACUGUGAGCCCCAAACAAAGCGGAUUCCCCGUGCAGCAAGUCCAGAUUCUUUUCAACUUUACCUUGAACUUUUCAAUUGAUGAAAUUCAAGAUAAUUUUCAUGAACUAAAAAGCCAGCUCAAAUCUGGGUUACAUCUUUCAUCAUAUGAGAACUUGUAUAUGAGUUUGACAAGUAGAAGAGGUUCAACAGUGGAUCCUCCGACUAUUGUUCAGUGUAAAGUCCUUUUGGCAGUUGGGAUAAAUCCCUCCAGUUCAAGGUUGAAGCAAUUGGCUCAUACCAUUGGUUCUAAUUCCGGAAACCUUGGCCUCAAUAACACUGUAUUUGGAAGGGUCAAACAAGUUAGCCUGUCCUCUUUUUUACCACAUUCUCAAGGUAGUAAUAGUGGUAGCCCCUCGCCUUCUCCAGCUCCUCUAUCUCACCAUCACCACCAUCACCACCGUCACCACCAUCGAGAUUUAAAUCUUGCUCCUGCAAUAUCACCUGCUCCGAAGGUUGAGAAAGGUGGAUCUAUUAGCAGGCAAGUUUCACCUGUAUCAGCACCAGUACUUGCACCUGCCCCUGCCCCUGCACCUGUACAGCACAAGAGACGUGGGGCCCAACCUCCAUGUCAUUUUGGGAGAUUUCCAAGGAAGGUGAAUAGUCACCACCCCCAUAUGGUUCCUGCUCGAGCACCAGUCCCCGCACCUCAGAUUACUCCGUCGCCCCAUCAGCAAGUACAUGCUCCACCUCCUACUCCGCAUGAAAUCACUGCAUCAAGUCCAUUGCCCAAUGUAGUAUAUGCUCAUGUUCAACCUCCACCAAAGAGUAAUUCUGUUGCAGAGCCUCCUGAUAGAUCUACUUCAGUUUCACCCCCAUCUUCAUCUUCUGAAGGGAUUCAUUGUUCAAAAUUCUGGUCUCUCCUGCUGUUUCUACUUGUACUACUUCCAUAGCAGCCGGAUGAGGGGCAAUUAUUUUUUCACAACAAAAUUUAUCUCCAGUAUUCUCAAAACAAGUUCCACGUCAUUCCAUCUGGGCAAAGAAACAAACUUGAGGAGUUUGCAGAGAGAGAGAAAGCAAUGCCAAGAGGGCAUCUCUCGCGUUUGCAUGAAUGUGUGCUUUUGUUGUCUUCUUGUAAAUAUUCUAUAAAGAUUCAGUUGGAGAUGCAUUUUUAGGUCAAAGUCACAGAGGUGACGGGCCUGUGAUGACGUGCAUUGCCACUGUUAUGUAUCAUCUCUCUUGCAUAAACAUGAGGGGAAAACACAACCAAGAAAUGUAUAAUAAGCCUUUUUGUUCCUAA